CACAGAACCCAGCACUCUGCCACGAUGAUUUAUCUUUUCGGACUUAUUGGCUUUCUGUUGGCACUCACAGCUGAGUCCAAAGUUGGAAACUCAUCUGUGCCUAACUUCUGUUCUGAGACAGAAGAGUGCCUGCUGUUUGAUCAGAUUUGUAAGACUGACGAAUAUGAGGUCCGUCACUAUGACGCCACAAAAUGGGUUUCAACCGAAGAGAAAUCCAUGUUCAUGGAAUUUGCAACAAUGAAAGCCUUCAGACGACUGUUUGAAUACAUCAGUGGUGCCAAUGAGAACGGAGAGAAGAUUGAAAUGACGGCUCCUGUUAUUAUAAAAAUCGCUGAGGACAAGUCACCUCUGUUGUUUUGGAAACCGCGUAUCUACACAAUGAGUUUCUUGCUGCCAGCCAAACAUCAGGCGAACCCCCCCAAACCUACUGAUACAAAGCUGUUCAUCACCGACAUGGCGGAUAUGAAAGUGUAUGUUCUGUCCUACGGAGGAUGGAUGUUGAGCAUGACUGAGAAAAUCAACUCGAACAAGCUCUUCUCUGCCCUUACCUCGGUGGGUGCAGAGUUCCAAAACGACUACCGAUAUGCCGUGGGAUAUAACAGUCCGAUGAAGAUGUUCAACAGGCACAACGAGGUGUGGUAUGUUGUUGAGGAUGAGCCUGUGUGUUCCAGCAGUGAGGAACUGGAGCUUUCUCCCAUGGCUUGAACAUUAUGAGCCCUGUGCGAGGACGGCUUAUAUGCAGAGAUGAUGAAGCUGCUUCAAGGCAUAAUGUGUCGUAUAAACCUGCCAGUGAAAGCACAGAUUUACAAAAUGUUGAGGAAUUUCAAUUACUUACUGUGUUUGUACACCAGAUAGUUUGGUGGUUUUCUGUUCUAUUCAAUAAAUGUACCCUU